CGGCGCCGCCCCGGUGCUGUUCCGCGCGCGGCUCCGGAGCGGCGCUGAGGCGGCAUGGGGAAAAGCUGCAAGGUGGUGGUGUGCGGGCAGGCCGCGGUGGGCAAAACCGCCAUCCUGGAGCAGCUGCUGUACGGGAACCACGUGGUCGGCUCGGAGAUGAUCGAGACCCAGGAGGACAUCUACGUGGGCUCCAUCGAGACGGACCGCGGCGUGCGCGAGCAGGUGCGCUUCUACGACACGCGGGGGCUGCGGGACGGCCUGGAGCUGCCCAAGCACUGCUUCUCGUGCACCGACGGCUUCGUGCUGGUGUACAGCACCGACAGCAAGGAGUCCUUCCGGCGGGUGGAGCUGCUCAAGAAGGAGAUCGACAAGUGCAAGGACAAGAAGGAGGUCACUAUUGUGGUUUUGGGCAAUAAAUGUGACCUUCAGGAGCAGCGCCGGGUGGACCAUGAUGCAGCCCAGCACUGGGCCAAGGGCGAGAAGGUGAAGCUGUGGGAAGUGUCCGUGGCUGACCGCCGUACGUUGAUCGAGCCCUUCAUCUACCUGGCCAGUAAGAUGACGCAGCCGCAAAGCAAGUCUGCUUUUCCCCUGAGUCGCAAGAACAAAGGCAGCGGGUCUGUGGAUGGCUGAGCCUCGUCCUGCGCUUCCAUUGCCACCUCCUGUUCCUCACCUCUCUCCUUCCCUUGCACAUACCUCCUGCUGAGCCUGUUUGGUGUUAAGGAGCCUGCAGGAAGCCUGGUGGCAUAAGGAGUGGGCUUCCCAGGGCUGGGGAUGGUCUUUGAGGAGGAGAGAGGUGACCCAUCUCCCUGUACUGACACGAGAGCUGUUUUCAGGCCCUGUCAGUGUUUAAGGCACUACAGGAAAGCCAGGAUUCACCGAGUGCACCCCUCUGCUCUCAGGGCACAGGCUGACACUUGCGGGCUAUGUGCUGCCUCUGAGGAGGCCCAGCACGAGGCUGGCCAGCAGCCUGGGAUCAGCUUUGCACCUGAGCACAGCCAGGCCCCAGGAAAAGAUUCCCCCUCUCAAGAGCAGCUCUCUUUUAUACUCGCUGAUCCGACUUGAGAAGAACCCGUCCGUGGGCUGUGCUUCCCCAGUCUCCUUGUCCUACCCCAGAUGUCUCUGUGGUGCUACAGCUUUGUCUCAGCAGGUUGCUCCUUCCCUGGCCAUGUCCUCUGCACCUUGAUGUCCUUGGUCAAGCUGAGUGCAGGUGAGCCUCCUGCCCAGUAAAUGCCCAGUGCAGAGCAGGGCAGGGUGAUGUUACGGAGGGCAGGGUCAGGCCCCACGUCUCACAGUGCCCAGCACGCUGCAGCACUCCUCUUGCUGAGGGCAGACCCGGUCCUGACCCAGGAGGCGUGGGGCUGUGCUGGGCCCAUGCACACACGGGGGCAGCUCUUGCCACCCCGCAGUCGCGAUGCUGCCUGUCCUCAGAACCACCACGAGACAAAAGGACGGUCCUGCCCAGCAACAUGCGCUCCCUUUGGCUAGUCUGGAUCUAGGGAAAAAAAACGACGAGAAAGCCCUGGCUUGUUUAUACUUAUUCCUUUUAUUUACUGAGUAACACAAUAAAGCGAUGAGAUUCAAUUAUCAAAA